UUUUGUUCAAUGGCCACUUUACUGCAUAUAGGUUCAGCUCUCAUUUAUAAUGAUGCAUUUGCGAAGACUCUUCCACGUCCUCAAUCUUUCACAUGCACCACAAUGGCCAAAAUAACACCGGGUGAGUCUCCUGUUGUUCCUCGUCGUUCCGCAAACUAUCAGCCUUCUCUUUGGGACCACCGCCAUCUACUUUCGAUCAAAAAUAAAUAUGCGUGUGCGAGAGAGAGAGACUUCUUGAAGGAAAAGGUGAGAAAGAUGCUAGAUGAUGAGAAGAAGACUUAUCUCGAAAAAUUGGAGCUUAUUGACGAUCUACAGAAACUUGGUGUCUUACCAUUUUGAAGGGAAAUCGAAAAUAUUUUAACAUUUUUUUAUCAGAAAUAUAGAAUUGACAAGCAUGAAAAAGAUCUACAUGCCACUGCACUAGAAUUCCAACUUUUUAGACAACAUGGAUUCAAUGUUUCUGAAGAUGUGUUCGAUGUUUUCAUGGAAAACUGUGGGAAGUUUGAGAGUAAUAAUAUAAAUGAUAUCAUAUCUCUUUACGAAGCAUCGUAUCUUUCGACAAAGUCGAAUACACAACUGCAAAAACUCAUCAGAACUUUUGCAACACAAAAACUAAGAGACUUUGUUGAUACUCAUAGUAAUGAAGAUUGUGGUGGAUCAUGUGACACUGUGGAGAUGGUGGUCCAAACGUUAGAUAUGCCCUACUAUUGGCGAAUGAGAAGACUUGCCACCAGAUGGUACAUAGAUGUGUAUAGAAAGAGACAUAACAAGAACCUUGUCUUAGUUGAAUUCGCCAAGAUUGAUUUCAACAUCGUACAAGCUAUUCAUCAAGAAGAACUCAAAUACGUUUCCAGCUGGUGGAGGGAGACAGGUUUAGGUAAUCAACUUCACUUUGCAAGAGACAGAAUAGUGGAGAAUUAUUUUUGGACUAUUGGGCAUAUCCACGAGCCUCAAUUUGGUUACGUUCGUCGAAUAAUGACUAUAUUAGAACUUUACUAA